AUGGCCGCCGGCUCCUCCACUGAGGUCGGCCCCCAGGACAUGUUCCGGCCUAUCAGAACACCAAGAGUGAGUCUGGAAGGAAGGUCCAGUAUACAGAACAUUAAUGCUGGCAAGAUGAUUGCCGACGUCAUCCGCACCUGCCUGGGCCCUCGUUGGAUGCUGAAGAUGCUGAUGGAUCCGAUGGGGGGCGUGGUGAUGACUAACGAUGGUAAUGCUAUUUUGAGGGAGAUUACUGUGCAACACCCUGCCACCAAGCACAUGAUUGAGAUUGUGCGCACCCAGGAUGAAGAGGUGGGUGACGGAACAAGCAGUGUGGUGAUCCUGGCAGGGGAGAUGCUGGCGGUGGCUGAGCAGUACCUGGAGCAGAACAUGCAUCCGCUUAUCAUCAUUCAGGGGUACAGACAGGCCCUCGACCAUGCUCUGGAGGCCCUUAAAGACACCCUCAGGUACUUGUGGGGCUGGGCGACCUUGGGGGUGCUGUGGGAGGGCUGGGGGGGCACGGAGAGGGGCUGUUGGAGAGGAAAAUUGCAGGAUACCCCCACUGACCCCCCUGAACCCCCACAGAUCCCGGGAGGGGCCAUCGAAGAGAGCUGUGUGCUGGACGGGAUCAUGAUAAACAAGGAUGUGACCUAUGCAAAGAUGAGUAGGAAAGUAGACAACCCUCGUAUCAUUCUCCUUGACUGCCCGCUGGAGUACAAGAAGGGCGAGAGCCAGACUUCGUUGGAAAUGACUGCUGAGACGGACUUUACGAGACCUCCCCCAGUGCAUCCCAGCCUCUCCCAGUGCAUCCCAGCCUCUCUCAGUCCACUCCAGCCUUUCACAGUGCAUCCCAGCCUCUCCCAGUGCAUCUCAGCCUCUCCCAUCCACCCCAGCCUCUCCCAGUCCACCCCAGCCUCUCCCAGUGCAUCCCAGCCUAUCCCAUUCCAUCCCAGCCAAUCCCAGUCCACCCAAGCCUCUCCCAGUCCACCCAAGUCCUCUCUCCACCCUUCACUCACCACCCAUUACUUCCCACAGAUUGGUGAUGAGUAUUUUACAUUUAUCACCAAGUGCCAGGACCCCAAGGUGGAGAGGAACCUUCAGGACGCCCUUGGAGUGGCCUGGAACUUGGCCCUGGAGCCCCGUCUGGUCCCUGGGGGCAGCGCGGUGGGCAUGGCAGUCUCUAACUUCCUACAGCAGAAGGCCAAGGGGGUGUCAGGGGUGAGGCAGUGGCCCUAUUCUGCUCUUGCCCAGGCUCUUGAGCUUCUCUCUGUACCAAGCACCGCCACGCAGCACCAGAGAGCCAUGAGUACGUAA